AUGCGCACCCUCCGGCGCGCGCGGCACGGCGUGGACGUCGGCGACGACGCGACGAGCGAGGACAUCAAGGCCGCGUACCGUCGGCUCGCGAAGGUCUGCCACCCGGACCGGGUCGGCCAGGACGGGAAUGCUAUGUGUGUGCUUCUGAACGAAGCCUACGACACGCUGGCAGACCCGGUGCGGCGCGCACAGUACGACCGGGUGCUCGACAAGUGGCUCGAGGACGACGACAUGGGCUUCACGGGGAAGCCGCUGUCGCGGUGGUGCGGUCCAGGCCACAAGAUGUCGAAGGCGGAGGAGGGGGAGACGCGCGCGGUCUUCGUGGACGAGAACAGCUGCAUCGGUUGCAAACAGUGCGUGUGGGUGGCCGCCGCGACGUUCCGCAUGGAGAACGAGUACGGCCGCAGCCGCGCCUUUGCGCAGUGGCUCAACAGCGAGGACGAGAUCCAGUGCGCGAUCGACUGCUGCCCCGUCAGCUGCAUCCACUGGGUGGAGAAACAACAGCUCCCGGCGCUCGAGUUCGCGAUGCAGAACCUCGUGGAUCGCGUGGACGUGGGGAUCAUGAUGGCGGGGCAGGGCGGGGGCGUCGCGGACCCGUUCGAGGCUGCGCGGCAGUUCGAGAAGCGGUUCGAAGACCGGCGGCGGCGGCGGGAGGAGGACCGCUCCUGGGCGCCCGAGCAGGCCGCGGCGCGGAUGGACGCGGCGGUGCGGGUGCAGAAGGCGAAGUGGGGGAAGAUCGGCGAGGCGCUGUACGACGGCCUGUGGCUGGGUCUGGCCGGGGUGAGCGGCGGCGCGGGCGAGGCUGCGUCUGACCGAGUCAGGCGGAGGGCGGAGCUGCGGAGCAAGCGGCGGCAGACGGCGGCCAAGGCCGGGGACGCGCUCGCGACGACGGUGCUCGACUCGAUCGACGAGCUCGAGCGGGAGCACGCGCGGGGGCGCGGCGGGGGCAGCGUUCCACUGGAGCGCGCGCUGGUGCCCGUGUCGGCGUACGCGGCGACCGCGACGCGCAGGGAAUGA